AGAAGCUGGCAGCUUCCAUUGACAUUCAACUGCACAUAUCUUCUCUCUUCUCUCUCACGGGAAGAAAUUAGCAGGCAUUGAGAUCUGAAAUUGGUGACAAUGGAGGUCAUAAAUCCAAUGAAAUUUUGUCCGGAAUGCAACAACCUACUCUACCCAAGAGAAGAUAAGGAGCGCAAGAUCUUGCUUAAUGCCUGUCGCACCUGCAACUAUACGGAGGCGGCGGAGAAUAACUGCGUGUAUAGAAAUGAGUUGAGAUGCAUCUCAGCGCCGCCCGUGGUAUUGAGGGAUGCUUACGCAGAUCCCACACUUCCUCGCGUUAAGGGAUUCAAAUGUCCUAUCUGCACUCAUCCAAAAGUUGCCUUCUUUGUGGCUAACCCAAUGGAAAGCUUGGCUCGAACAUAUGCCUGUUGCAACCCGAGCUGCGGCCAUAACUGGAGAGACGAAGAUGAAAAUAGAGGAUGAAGACUGCUUGCUCUUCAAUAACAUUAAUUUAUA